AAACAGUAGUCAGUACACUUUCCCAACAAACAUUUCUUUCUAAGGUUAAGCGAAAGCUGCAAGAUUUAAUGAAACCAAAUAUUCGUAUUGUGAAUUAGGUUUCAGUGAAUUUGAAACCAGAACUUCUGCCAAACAAGUGUGAACUGUGCAAAUGGACUGAAAGUGGUUCGAUUGAUUGAGAAGCAAGUGACCGCGGUUGAUUACCCUGAAAAUGCGACGAGUUAAGAUAUGGAAACUAACAAACCUGCUCGCAUUCCUAUCGACGUAUUUAAUUUUCAAUCCGGCAAUUGGUUCUCUAAUCGACAAUGCAAUCGAACAACAGCACAGGGUUAUCAAUGAAAUGAACCAGAACUUUACCGACUUGGAGAAGGCUAGUGAAAAGCUGAUUGAUCUUGGUACCGUUAUUGCACCGCAUAAAGUACCCCCAAAAACUGUCAAGAUCACCAACACCGUAGCAGUUAAAGUACCUGUGCCAUAUCCUGUGAAGGUUCCGAUUCCGGUACCGGUUCCAAUUCCUGUCAACAAACCCAUUCCAGUACCGGUUCCGAAGAUAAUUAAUGUUCCGGAGCCAACGCCAGCGUUGCCAACCGUGAGCACUCCACUUAGCUACAGCGUCACAUCAUCCCAAAGCCCAACAGCAGUUGGACCAACGGCAUCUUCUUUUAGCAGCAGAUCUUCUGGGCCUACAGAACCUGCCCAUUUCAUACCAGGCGAACAAGAAACUGCAUACUCUCAUAAUGAAGAACAAGUUAAAGAAUUCACGCAUUCUUAUCCAAUCCAUUCUGUAUUUGAUGUUGGAGUGGAUUACAAUCCAUACAUGGGAAACCGGCUGUCCGUUAAAAAGGAAGCGACAGCAGCCUCUGAACAACACUUCAGAAAACAUUCAGACUUUGAGCAGCUCCGGGAAUACCAUAGUCACGAUGUAAAACAAUCAGACAACAUUGGUUACCAGAGUGUACAGUCGUAUCCAACAGAACAAAGGAUCCGAGAACCACCUGAGGAAUACCAUAAAUACUAUCAAUCAACCGCUCAACCCGAACAUGGCUCUUCCGUUGGCCAAGAUUACCACAAUGUUUAUACGACUCCCGAACCCGAAGUAGUUCCACAUGCAUACAAAUCAUCCAAGUCGGUUUAUUUCUCCAAAAAUUCCGAAAAAUAUCCUGCUCCAAAGUUUCCAAGACCAACACAUUCGGCUUACCCAACCAAUCCAACUUACUACACCAAACAACAUUCCCAUGAAGAGGAGCCCAAUUAUGAAAAUCAAGAUUACAAAGAUUACAGAGAAUAUCAACACAGAUCUCCGUCAACCGAACAUCGCUUGCAGACCGUGAGAGAUUCCUAUCCUCACUAUGAGCAACCGGAUUUCAGAAAAUAUCACUAUCAGAAACCUUCAACUGAUAACUACAGAGAAAUUUAUUCUGAGCAAACUCAGCAUAAACCCGAGAAAUAUUACGAAAAACCAGCUGAGAUAACUUAUACUACACGCUAUCAGCAAGUAGAACAUGAUGACGCUGAAGAAACUCGAAGACCUUCAACUCAUUAUAAACAAUACGAGUAUCAGAAAGAAUCGUACCCAGAACAAGCCUCUCCUUCCGAACAACAUGAACAACAUGAACAACAUUCUGAGCAUUAUGAAAGACCCAACCCUGAAUCUCAGUACUCACAUGUUGAAACCAGAGAACCCCAGCACUAUACCCCUCAAGAGUAUAAAACAUAUUACACCAAACCUUCUCCAGUUUCCGAAGCUCUAACCUAUCUGGAAGAAAAAGAACGAUCUCGUGGGACUGACCAUAAAGACUACUACACCAAUAAAUUAGAAAACUACAGAGCUCGAACUGCACACCACGAACACAAAGCACAAUAUGCAACUAAACCAAGUGCCAUUACCUAUGACUUUCCCAGUGACUCCCAUCUGCACCCAUCCUACUCGGAAGCACAAUCCGCAAAGUACAGAACUCAGCACUACUAUUCCUCCAAUCCGGACCAACCAUCCUUUGACGAAGCCUCAGAAUCUGAACACAGACACUAUCAACACCAUCAGUCAGAACACAGCCCCAGUCCUUCCCCUUCAACGCACGUAAACUCGUAUGGUCAUGCCGUUACUACCAACAGCGAUCGUUAUCGCGAACAUUACUAUCCCCAACCUUCACAUUAUCAACAACAUCACCACCCCCACAGACAUACGGAUAUCGCAAGCGAUAUGCUCGAAUCAUCCUCGAAAGAUCACGCAGCGUACGAACGUGCGGUCGAGCAUGACCAUCAGGUGGCCAAUCCGAACGAGUAUGCCGAGUACACCCAUGAGCAUCUCCACCACCAUCAUCAUUCGCCACCAGCGACAGACGGAAGGGAUUACUAGACAGUUUCCUGUCCUGGACGUACGAAAUGAUAUCGUAUCUGUGUUUACGCAUUGAUAGCAUGUAAAUUGCACUAUUUAUUAUCAUUAUGUAAUGCUUAAACGCUUCCAGCUUUUUUUUUUCUCUUCGUCUCCCAAUCUCCAAGCGGUAGAGAAGAAAAACAUGCAAGAAUCCGUACGAUCUCGAGUUCCGCUUAUUCGUCUUCGUGUUUUUGUUUUAAAAGGCUUGUAUAUAGCGUAUCGAACAGCGCGAUUAUAUCGUAGAAAUGCAUACAAAUAUUGUUAACUAGUGAAUAAGUCGUAUUCCGAAUGUUACUGGAAACACGUGUACCU